CAGUCUCAGAAAGUCAACAAACAAUUUGCCCCAUUGUUCUUGCACAAACUCCCAUUCUAAUGGGUAUUUUAUGAUCUGCGUCUAACCUUCCUUCAGAUUUCUGUUGAAGAUUUCCACAAUGGUCUCACUGAACACAUGCCUUACAAUUUCCUUUGUUUUACUGAUAGCAUUAAGUGAUGGAUGCCUGGAAUUCCUAGCAAACCUUACUGACCUUAAUCCACCGACCAACAUCACAAUUGUGGAUAGACAGCUUGGGGAAGUGACAUUUUCUUGGAAUGAUGGCCUCAGUGAAUUCAUAAAGGCUCAGAGUCACGUCAGAUAUCUAUUUGAGUAUAAGUACUUUGAUUCUCAAACUUGGCAAGAAAUUACUGAAGAAAACAAGUGCAAAUUGGAUAAGGACAGACCGUGUUUAACAAACCUGUUUGAUUUAUUUGAGGAGGUCACAGACAGGGCAGAUGAGGGUGAUCGAGAAACAUUGGCUUCCAAUUUCUCAUGUGUUCUCUAUAAUCAUUCAGCCAUGAAUUGUACAUGGUAUUGUGGCAGGAAAGCACCAAAUGACACGCAAUAUAAAAUGUAUUACAGACAGAAUGAUGCAACUCUGCAGUGUACACAUUAUAUGGAUGUCGGUGGAAGGCAGGAAUGCCAUAUUGAUCAAGGCACAGUUGAUGUUGAGGAGAACAUUCUGAUAUGUGUCAAUGGAUCUAGUAAUUCUCGAAUGAUUCAACAAUAUUAUACAGAAUUUGACCCACAAGUAUAUGAGGUGUACAACCCACCAGUAAAUCUUGAGGUUUUGCCAAAUCUGACGGUGAAAUGGGACAUGCCUCCCGGCUAUGCCAUUAAUAUUGAUUGCUUUGCAUUUGAACUGAACGUCACUGAUCAGGAUGAGGGUAGAACUGAGUUCUUCACUUGCCGAUAUGAAACAAAGUAUGUCCUUGUAAACAUCAAGCCCACAACACGUUACUCAGUGAAAGUAAGAAUGAAACUGAAGCAUUGCAAAGAAACAAAGUUCUGGAGCCACUGGAGUAAUGAGGUUUUUAUCGAACCUGUCCAGGUGCCUAACGUUUAUUGGAUGCUGAUUACAUUGGCCAUAUUGGUAGUGGUGCUAGGAUUGAUUCUAAUGUUUGUUUUCAAAAGGUACAGAUUAUUGGAAAUUGUACUCAAACCAAUUCCCAGUCCUCAAAAGAAGUUCAACGCAUUGUUUGAAGAAUACAAUGGUGAUUUCCAGAAUUGGAUAAACUGUCAGAUACCAGUCUCAAAAGUUGAUGAAUGUCAAACAGUUGUCAUUGAAGAAAGUCUCCAAAGUGAAGAAUUAAGAAGCUUUCACUGCCACCCAUCCAUGCACCUGCCAUGA